CUGAAAUUUGUAAAUUCGUUGUACAUUUUUGAUAUAUAAUUUAUUUCGUUGUGUAUUAUUUCCUCAAUUUUAAAUUUACAGCCUGCUUUUACCAUAUAUCAAAUUUUCUCAAAUUAUACAUAAUAUAUCCCUAAAUUUACCCUUUAAUCUAAGAUAUUUUUCAUUUAUUAUAGUCCAAAUUGGCUUUGUUUUAGUAUAGUAGACUUAAUGAUUACAACUCGUUUAUUGGUUGAUAUUGUAAUGAUUUAAUGCAUUCGGGAAACUGUGACUGUAAAGCUGAACAUGAGUUGGCAACUACAUUUGUGUGUUUGAGGGAGUGUUUGGACCUCCCAGCAAUAAGAGUCUUUAACAGUACCACAGAUCCGAAUCUGGGAGGAAUAGUUUUUAAGCGUUACGACGACCGUUUGAGUCCACCCGAGGUUGUAAGUGACUCAGUUGAAACUGAGUUACUGUUUACAGUACCGUUUUCACAACCCUGUGAUGUGCAUAAUUUCUUAGUAGUAAACGAGAGUGAAGCUGUGUUAGAGCUUAAAAUCUUUACUAAUAGGCCUGACUUCGACUUUAGCGACGUUGAGGCCACUGUUCCGACCCUAACUUUAUCCCUUCCUCCUGACUUUCACGGCUCAUUCAUCCAUAAUUUGAACUCAGUAAAGUUCAAAGGUGUUCAGGAUUUAGCUCUGUACUUUCUCUCAAAUAAAGGCCCGGUUAAACUCAGGUACAUUGGCCUUAGAGGAAGACCACUUCAGCCUGUAAAAGGAGUUGUAGAUGUAACUUACGAAGUGACACCAACUGCUGACUUCAACGAAUCGCUUUCUGAAAUUCAAAACUUCAAAAUCAUAGAAUAG